UCAGGUAUACAGUGACAGACACAUUCCGCUUUGCUGAUGAAGUACGAGGCUUCGAGAUCAGGAACGGCGAAAUUUUAGUUUCCUAUGACGUCAUCUCAUUGUUUACAAAUGUACCAUUGGAGGAAACAAUACAGAUCUUAGCUGAAAAAGCCUUUGCCCAGGAUUGGUUCAACGAGACGCACAGCUUGAACAUCUCUAAAGCGGACCUAAUCGACCUCCUCCGAGCAGCUACGAAAAACCAGCUUUUCCAGUUUGACGGUGCUUUAUAUGAGCAGACAGAUGGAGUCGCUAUGGGUUCUCCCCUUGGACCGUUGCUGGCUAACGUCUUCAUGUGCUCGAUUGAGGAAAACCUCGAACGACACGGUCAACUUCCGCGCUAUUACCGGAGGUACGUCGAUGACACCCUGACCGUAAUGCCUGAUAGGGUGACCGCUGGCCAGUUUCUAGACACCCUUAACUCUACCCAUCCCUCCCUCCAGUUUACCAUGGAAGUCGAACGGGAAGGAACCCUUCCCUUUCUAGGAAUUGAACUGCUUAACCGUGCACCAAAGAUUGAGAGUAAGGUCUACAUCAAAAGAACCAACACGGGUCUCCUUCUGCAUUUCCAGAGUCAUGUUGACAUUAAGUACAAGCGCAGCCUAGUUAACACCAUGGUGGAUCGCGCUUAUCGAUUAUCUUCUAACUGGUCUUUCUUCUCCGAGGAAUGUGACCGCCUUAGAGGGGUUUUUCAUAACUUGAAAUACCCAAAGCCACUGGUUGAAACUACAAUCAAGCGGUUCGUUGAGAGAAGGAUUUCAUCUGCAGAACCCUGUCCAUCACCAGACGUACCAUCGGAGACUGUGAGAUUGGUGUUACCCUUCAAGGACCAGUCGUCAGCUAAUCAUGUUAAACAACAACUGAACAGUCUAAGCUCGAAGUUAAGCGUGACUGUCCAACCAGUGUUCGUUAGCCCUAAGCUCGAUCAACAGCUUAAGCAACACGAAAUUAAGCCCCCUAUUGUUAACCAACAAUGUGUCGUUUAUGAAUUUAAAUGUAACCUGUGUGAUGCAGGGUAUGUGGGCUAUACUCGUGGUCACUUACACGAGCGCGUAGAAGGGCACACAAGGAAAUCAUCUUCUAUCUACAAACACUACCACCUCCAGCACAAUAGUGAAAUGCCUGAACGCUUGAUCGAGCAAUUCAACGUCAUCACGAAAUGUAACGGCAAAUUUGAUUGCCUUGUUAAU